AGUCUUUCCAAGAAGACCACCUAUAUAUAUCUUGUAGGCGUAGUACACCAUACAUAAUGCAUGCUAAUGAUCUACUUUGUGCUGAACAAAUGAGCCUGCCCUGUGAUUGGUCAGACAGUGUCAAUGUUUUUCCGGGGGAGGAGCUCAGGAGCUCCCAUUUAAUGCCAGAGAAUAAUCAUUCAAUAAGCAGGGUGGCUAAUGACUCAUGUUAGGUGGACUCGACAGACUUACUUUUUUUUUUUUUACAUGCAUGUAUCUUAACUUAGUCUUGUUCAGACACACUGCAAAUAUGUGAGGGUGAAACACUGAGAGGACGAAGAGGAAGACCAGCGAGUGCUCAACAUGGCUCAGGAGUUAAACAGUGAAGAAGGGGCCACGUUGGUCCCCCCCAAAAAAGCCUCCAGAGAGCCAAUAAGUUCAAUGACAUCUGCGUCUUUUAAUUUCAUCAAUUCCAUAAUAGGAUCUGGAAUAAUAGGCUUACCAUAUGCAUUGAACCAGGCCGGACUCUCUUUGGGCCUUCUGCUGUUGGUAGUAGUUGGGUUCAUUACAGACUACUCCAUCAUCUUACUGAUUAAAGGAGGCAACCUGACCGGGACGAGCAGUUAUCAGUCACUGGUGCAGAGCACAUUUGGUUUCCCUGGCUUUCUCAUUUUAUCUGUGCUGCAGUUUCUUUAUCCUUUCAUUGCCAUGAUUAGCUACAACAUCACAAUUGGUGACACGCUGACCAAAGUAUUUCAGAGAAUACCAGGAGUUGGUCCAGAUCACAUACUUGCAGAGCGUCACUUUGUGAUCUUGUUGUCAACCCUUCUAUUCACACUGCCUCUUUCACUUUAUCGAAACAUAGAGAAACUCGGGAAGGUGUCCUUCUUGUCAAUGGUGCUGACAUUUAUCAUCCUCGUCAUUGUAAUCAUCAGAGCAGCUACCCUUGGACCCCAAAUCCCCCCUACAGAGAACGCAUGGGUAUUUGCAAAGUGGAACGCAAUUCAGGCCGUUGGUGUGAUGUCUUUUGCUUUCAUAUGCCACCACAACAGCUUUCUCAUCUACGGUUCUCUGGAGCGGCCAACACUUGCCAACUGGUCUCGGAUCACGCACGUGUCCGUGGGCUCCGCGUUAGUCAUCAGUGCGGCGUUCGCCGUUGCUGGCUAUACCACCUUCACUGGCUACACACAAGGAGACGUGUUUCAGAACUACUGCAGAAAUGACAACCUGGCAACAUUUGGUCGCUUCUGUUUCGGCCUCAGCAUUAUAACCACAUUUCCACUGGAGUGUUUUGUUGCACGGGAGGUGUUAUCCAAGGUGUUUUGCAGCCGGGAUCUUUCGAACUUGGAACACGUGGCGAUAACAUUUCUCAUAGUUGCAGUUGGCGCAGCGAUAUCUCUGGCCUACGACUGUCUGGGCGUCGUUUUGGAGCUCAACGGUGUUCUGUGCGCCACACCGCUGAUCUUCAUCCUCCCAUCCGCGUGCUUCCUCAGACUCUCACCCGGACGCUGGUUCCACACAGAAAACUUGAUACCCGCCAUUUUGAUAUUGAUUGGCCUGUUUGUGAUGAUUACCGGUUUGACCAUGACGAGCCUCUACCCUCAGGACUGCUCACACGGCGUGGAGAUGUUCUACUGUGCAGAGCCCAAUGUCACUGCCAGUGUACCACCUGCAUGAAACUCAGCAAAUAUUUCGUUCUCUUCAAUUUUUCAACACUUUAGAGGGAAAAUUUGGACAUUGUCUUUUUGUUGGAGGGAUUUUUUCAAUGGUUUACAGCGAACGGAAGUGUAAAGAUGGACAUAUAAUGUUCACUUUUGUUUUUUCUGUUUCUACUUGAGCCAUCCCUCCCCCACACACACACACACACACACACACCGUCCGCCUGAAUCUCCCUGUAUUGGACCUUUGUCUUAAACGCUGCAUUCUAGAGCCUGAUGCUUCAAGAUGUGACCUAAGGCCAACCUUACAUGGCACAAAAGAAGGGGAGCUAAAUCGGAAUUACUUGGUAAAUAACAUGUUUUCUUUUCUAGGUAGAUCCACAAAUAACUGACUGUGUUGUCUUAUUUCACAGUUUGAGUGUGCGCUCCAGUUAACCCCUUCAAUGUUGACGUCAUGAUAGUCUAGAAAAACAUCAUCAUGUUCAUAUGAACGCGUUAACCUUAAACCAGGUCUUCCCGCCCAACACAAAUGCCAGACUUCACUAAUGUUCUGAAAGCAAUUAUAUUAUUGGCCACACUAUUUACUAUUCCACCCUCUACACAACCAUCUCAUACAUCAUUUAUAGGAGCAUUUUAUAGGAGCAUCUGGACUGUAAUGUUGAGGUUUCUACAUACGUGUUAUCAAGAUAUUACACGUGAAUGUGUUUCGUCUGUGGUUUGUCUUUGUUUUUUAAUGAAUUGUUGUAUAUUCAUAAUUCAGAACGGCACGCAUCACUUCGAGGGGGAAACUGUUGUACCGAUAUUCAACCACACGGUGUCGCUGUAGACAACAUAGCGUGUUUAUUAAAAGGAAGCGCAAAAACAA